AUAGAAUAAAGUGACGUCAUGCAGAGCGCUAAACACCAGAGCCAGCAGCCCUGGCAGGGUGUGUAGCGCUCGCUCUGCCUCCUGGUUAUUACUCUCCAUUCACAGCGGGCGGUGUCCGGCGGUGGGCGUGUCCUGUGGCACUGGGUGUGUCUCCCUGUAAUCAGAUCCUGUGCACAGAUGGGGCUGUGUCUGCCCUGCCUGGGGGGCGCUGCUGAUGAUGUGGUAGAGACCCCCGACCCUGAUUUGAAAAGGAGACAGCUAGCUGAAGCUGCAGAGAGAAGGCAACAGGAAUCAUCCUCUCGAGGAGUUAAGAACCCUUCUUCAGUAGAUCAAAAAAAGAAGAAGAAAGAGGAAAUGGAGAGAUUGACUACUAAUUUGGAACCUCCUGGGACUGGUGGUGGACUGAGGUGGCAAGUUGGUUAACAGCAUCUUGGUUAAUAAGAAGCGGAUUUCACGUGGAAAAUCACCAUUUUUGGCUUUUGCUGUUUACUCGUGUGGACGUGGACAGUAGGCAGUAUGUGGUUAAGGAUACCAAUCUAUUCAUUGCUUGGGGUUCCUGCACCUGACGAAUGUGAUUGAAGAGAUGCUCGGUUGCUUGUGUUAACCUAAAGCUCAGAUUUGCUUAAAUAAAAGGGUAACCCAAAGUUUAAGGAAGUGAGUGUCUUGAGGCAUUCCUCGUUAAAGAAAGCAUCUAAUUUAUGUGUUGUACACUGAGAAAAAAAAAAUAAUAUAUAUAAAAUAAUAGUGAAGUGUUAACUUUUUGUUGCUGCAUGUAUUUAACUAAGAGUUACAAUUGUGUGAGGAGUCUAGUAUAAAUUCUGCUGCUUUGGAAUCUGCUGUCAAUCUAGAGAAAACAAAAUGAUAUGAACACUAAGGUAAAGUCUGUAAAUAUCUCACAUUAAUGACAAUAAAUUUAUAUAUAUUAAA